CUGCAGAGCUGGGGUGGCUGCUUAGCUCGCACUUUAAGGGGAUUGCUCCAAGCAGGUCCAGGCAGCGGCAGAGAUCCCGGCUCCUCCUCCUCUUCUUCCUCCUCCUCCUCCUCCUCCUCCUCUUCCUCCUACUUCCCUCCUCCUACCUCUCCUUUCCUCCUCCUCCCCACCUCCUCUUCUUUUCUCUUGAUCCGCUUCGUCCUCCUCCUCUUCCUCCUUCUCCUCUUCCUCCUUCUCGUCCUCGUCCUCUUCCUCCUCCUCCCCUUCCUACCCCUGCUCCUCCCCAGUUACUCACGCGUCUCAGAUCGCCCAUCAUAGAGGGCCAGCGACUUCAGAUCAGCCAGACGCACAAUAAGCAGAGCAGGGCGCAUUUGGAGACGCGGGACACUUGGGGUGGUGGUGGUGGGAGGGAGGGAGUCGCUCUUGGAAAGGGGGUUCAUCGUUACCUCCAUCCCUUGACUUUCUCUCUUGCCUGCCUUUCGGUAUUCCCUAGCUCCUCCCCUUCCCUCCCUUCCCCGGGAGAGGCACCGGCGGAGUUUGAGGAGGUAGAGAACCCAGCCUCGCAGACUUUGCGACCUUCUGGCUUCGCGCAGCGCCCAUAGCCGAAGGCUCUAGCCCCUGACCCCGAGGCCAAGCGACCAUGCCAGCCGAUUGAGGGAACCCAGAGGGGGCGUUGGCCAUUGCCCUCUUCCCUGGGUCCUCGGGCUCGACAUCUAACCACCGCUCCCGAGACUCCCCUUUUCCCUAAUCCCCGCAGCUCUGCUCCUUAGUGACCGAGACCUCUAGCUAUGUAGGUGCCCAGGCCUGGGGCACGUCCGGGAGGGGUCUCGGGCAGACCAUGCGCAAGGAACCGUUCCCUUCAGCCGGCUGCUCCACGCAGCGCUGACAGCCCGGGGGGCUGAGGGGAGCUGGGCUUGGGCGGGGCUGGGCUGGGGCGAAGGAGAGCCCAGCCCGGGAGGCGGUGGGAGGAGGGAUGCGCCUGGCCCGCUAACAUUCCCGAGCGCAGGGCGAACCGACGACCCCCGGAGGAAUUCGGGUCCAGGGUGAGCCCCCAGCACUCGUGGGCCAGCCAGCCGCCUCCCACCUUCCCUCCACCCCCAGCCUCCCGCGGCGCCUCCAGCUCCCUCUCCAGCGUCUCAGCCACAACCUCCUCCUCGUUUUCCUCCUCGCUCCGGCCCGGGGGCCCGGCCCCGCCGAGAUGCUCUUCCACAGCUUGUCGGGCCCCGAAGUGCACGGGGUCAUCGACGAAAUGGACCGCAGGGCCAAGAGCGAAGCGCCAGCCAUCAGCUCAGCCAUAGACCGGGGCGAGACGGAGACGACCAUGCCGUCCAUCAGCAGUGACCGGGCCGCGCUCUGCGCGGGUUGCGGAGGGAAAAUCUCCGAUCGCUACUACCUACUGGCAGUGGACAAACAGUGGCACAUGCGUUGCCUGAAGUGCUGCGAGUGUAAACUCAACCUGGAGUCGGAGCUCACCUGCUUCAGCAAAGACGGCAGCAUUUACUGCAAAGAAGACUAUUACAGGCGGUUCUCCGUGCAACGCUGUGCUCGUUGUCACCUGGGCAUCUCAGCAUCAGAGAUGGUGAUGCGAGCCCGGGACCUGGUUUACCAUCUCAACUGCUUUACCUGCACCACGUGCAACAAGAUGCUGACCACGGGCGACCACUUUGGAAUGAAGGAUAGCCUGGUCUACUGCCGACUGCACUUCGAGGCACUGCUGCAGGGUGACUACCAGGCCCACUUCAACCACGCCGACGUGGCGGCGGCGGCGGCGGCGGCAGCGGCAGCUGCAGCCAAGGGCUCGGGUUUGGGCGCCGGCGGGGCCAACACCUUAGGCCUCCCUUACUACAACGGCGUGGGCACAGUGCAGAAGGGGCGGCCGCGGAAACGGAAGAGCCCAGGGCCUGGGGCGGACCUGGCCGCCUACAAUGCAGCACUGAGCUGCAAUGAAAAUGACGGGGACCAUCUGGACAGGGACCAGCAGUACCCCAGCAGCCAGAAGACUAAGCGAAUGCGGACCUCCUUCAAACAUCACCAGCUGAGGACGAUGAAGUCCUAUUUUGCUAUUAACCAUAACCCUGACGCCAAGGACUUGAAACAGCUCGCACAGAAAACGGGUCUCACCAAGAGAGUCCUCCAGGUCUGGUUUCAGAAUGCCAGAGCUAAAUUCAGGCGGAACCUUCUACGCCAGGAGAACACAGGGGUGGACAAGACCUCAGACUCCACACUACAGACGGGGACCCCAUCGGGCCCAGCCUCAGAGAUUUCCAACGCAUCCAUGAGCCCCUCCAGCACCCCCACCACCCUCACGGACUUGACUAAUCCCACAAUGCCAACUGUGACGUCUGUCUUAACUUCCGUGCCUGGGAGCCUGGAGGGCCAUGAAUCCAGGAGUCCCACACAGACAACUCUUACAAACCUUUUCUGAUGACGCUUUCCCAAUAAUUUCUUUAAAAAAGAAAUUAUCCUUUAGUUGAAUUCCAAGUGUAUUUUAAAUAGAGGCUUUGAGCAACUAACUAACCACAUUUUAGGAUCUCGCCUGGAAACAGAGGGGGAAAAAUGAGUGUUCUGGUAACUACAGAGUGUGGACUGAAAAUUAACUUGGAAGAUCUAUCCGCAACACAACAUUUGUGUAACUGUACAGUUUUGUGGACUGACUGAGCAAGGAAAACAAGAAUUAAUUUAAGUUGGCUAGAGCUUCUUGUAUUUCAAAGACUGCCACGUGCCUUAUAUACUGUUUUAUCUACAUACUGGAUUUCCCAUGUCCAUUUUCUCUCUUGCCUCCUUUUCUCUCUGUAUAUUUAUGACCAGAGCAAAAAUGUUUAAAAAAAAGUUUGUUACUUUGAAUAGUUCUACAAACAAGCAGACAAAAAAACACAGACACUCACAGAGACACACAGACACAGACACACACACACACAAAAACACCCCUUCAUUGGUUCUGUUGUUGUUUUAGAAUUUUAAGGUGGACGUCUGUUCGAAUAUCAGAAUUUGUAAAAUCUAACCAGUAAUAAAACCACUUAUCGAAACUACUGGGUAACUGGCUGCAGUUCAGUCUAGCAAAGAUUUCUUGGGACUAAUACCUCCAGCUAAACUGGAAAGUCAGACAGAUGGCCUGCAGCCAUUCCCUCCAGGGGCUCUGGGGGUAGUAUUUCCCAAUCUUCCCUCCCUGCUCCUAGGAUGCCUGGGAUACACAUAGAGAUAGAAAGAUUCUGUCUGCUAGAAAGCCUAUUUGAAAGGAGACAAGGUAUUUUCAGUGCCCCAGAAUGAAAACAUCCAGAAAGGAAAUAUGAAGUGGAAAGAGGAAUGAGACACGAGUUAGGAAACUUGAAUUUGAACUCCUCUGCUACUAAUGGGCACUGGGACCUUUGGAGAGGUACUUCCAUUCUCUGUAAAAUAAAGGGGUUGAACAAAUGAUUUCCAAGGUCCUUUACAACUUUCAUUUCAGUGUUUUAACCUUCUGUGUCCUCAGGUCUCUUUGCUAGUUCUGACAUUCUGUUGUAAAGUCCCUCUCAGUUCUGACAGUCUGUUUCUAAUGUUCUUGUGUUCUUAGGAUCAUUUCAGCCCUAACAUCUUCUAUUCUGACAUUCUACAUUCCAAGGUCCCUUCCAGUUGUAACAACAUUCUAUGACUCCUUUAAAGUGUUUUAGGUUCAAAAAUUUACAAGGAGAUGCCUGCUAAACAUUCAACAGAAGGGGGAAAAUGUAGUCAUUGGGAGCUCCAGGUAAUUUUAGUUUGGGGCGGGGGGCAGUUGUGGUAGGAGAAAAAAGACCAAAAACAUGCAGUCCUGUAGGAAAUAACACAACCCAGUCACUCGCUUGAAAAAUGAGAAGCAGAUAGGAGACCAGCUUGGCAGGGAGAAGUAAGAGAUGGGCAGAGCCAAAUUUAGUAGGGUGGAAAAUAUCACACAGAAUGAGAUUACAGUAAUAAUAAUUCAUAUUUCUAUAGCACUACCAUGAGGCAGUUUUGCCUAGUGGCUAAGCAGCUAGCCAUGAAGCCAGGAAGACCUGGGUCGCAGUCUCACCUCUGACCCAUACCCCAUGUGUGUGUGAUUCUGGGCAGGUUACUUAACCUCUUGGUGCUCUAGGUAACUGUCUAAGACUAAAUGACAUAGAAGGUGCCAGCCUUCAUGGAUAGAGGGAGUUUUCUCACUGAGGAUUUCCCUGUGAUGGUUAAAUCACAGGGUUAGUCCCUACCCUUACAAUGCUUUAUGGUGUGCAGAGCACUUUGCUCACAAUCCUGUAAGGUUGGUAGUGCAUAUUAUCCUCAGUUUACAGAUGAGGAAAUUGAGAUUCAGAGAAUAACACCGACAAUGGUCAGGGUCACACAACUACUGAGUGCCAAGGUCAGGAUUCAAAUUCCUAGCUUUCUUAACUUCAGGUCCUGGUCUUUUUUCCAUGUGAGGCAUCAGUCAGCUGCUCUUGCUGCUAUGAAUUACAAUAUAGCCCUGGGGAUUCAACAAACAUUUAUUAUUAAGCACUUGCUAUGCAUAAUAGGGCACUCCAAUAUAUCAAGCACCUGUGAUUUCAGUCUUAUGGGAAUCACUCCUUCCAUAUCCCUCCAGGCAGGUGGAAACCCUUUCUCCAAGUUAGAGUCCUAAGAGAAAUGCCUGAGGCUCAGAGAGUUUCAAUGACUUACCCAUGGUCAUAUAGGUAAUCGAUGUCAGAGGCUGGAUUUGAACCCCAGACUUCUUUGAAUCCAACACUCUUAAUUCAAUGCACCCUACUACCCUCUGGGUGCUUAAUAAGUGUGAUAGAUUGUGUAUUCCUUUGGCUUUACUCUUUAGGUCAAGGGAGAUAAAUGUAUGUGGAAGCACUUAGGUACUAUAUAAAUGUGUUAUUGAUAUUGUUAGACAAUUUGUUUUCUUUUUUCCUUCACGAAUUUGUCGUAUUUUUAAAAAUAUGUAGAACAUUUGAAUCAGAGCUCUGCUACUUGUCACCUGUGUGACCUUGGAAACGUGCUUAGCUUUUUUGGGAGCUUCAAUUUCCUCAUGUGUAAAAUGAAAGGAUUGCACUAAAUGAUUUCUAAAGUCCCUCCCAUCUAAAACUUGUGGGUAAAAUUACGACUGGAGCGAGUUCUGUCCUUUAAAAACAAAAAAGUAGUCGAAAUUUGUUUAUCUGGUUAAAGGGAUCCCAGCUGUGCAGGCAGGUGUAACUCUCAGAAAGAAUUCCUAGCACCUGCCCAGGUGGACAUCAUUGAUCCUCUCCUCCCCUCUACCUCCUCAACUGCCUACCAAAGAGGAGAAAGAGAAAAGGCUUUCAGCCUAUGGCAUUGUGAAUUCGAUGGCGCAGACAUUCGGAAGAUUGGGGAAAAUGACUGUGAUGGGAGGGCUAGUCUUCUCUGUGCCAUAUGUAUUCAGAGAGGAAACAGCUGGAAGGGAGUCUGACUGCCUUUCUACCCCUUUAACCCCCCACCUUCCUUCAUUCUGGAGCUGGCCGGCUAACCCAACGCAGGAAGAACGAAUGAGUCUGCGGAAACGUCUUGCCUAACAGCUGCAGACUCUGGACACGGUAACCUAUUGCAGGGAUUUGUCAGUCAGCCUCCCUGCUCAAUGAGCUACUCCUCUUGUUCUACUUGUCCCUUGGGGUAAGGGUUUGAGACAGCUUGGAACUCUUGGGGAAAGGAGAGAGGAGAGUCAACUCAACCCAGCCUCCUCAGGUCUCGUUACUCCCAAGAGGGCUGUAAUAACGUCAACUCCCGUUUCUAGAGUAUUUUCAUGGGCAAAAGUUAUUAGUUCCAUAUUACAAGUGAAGAAACUGAGGCUCAAAUGUCUCUAAUAAUGACACCUUUUUAUGACGCUCUAUGUUUUGUGUAGCAUUUCCUCGCUACGACCUUGUGUAAUAGUGUAGUUAUGAUUAUUUCCGUUUUACAGA